AUGUCCUUCAGAACAUUCGGUAAUUCGCCCGCGAAGAAGGCCACUGAUUUCGGAGGGGGCGGGACCAACGGCUGGGCCAACUCCUCCACUGGCGACACAGGGCAACAGCAGCAGCAGCGACCACCCCAGUUUGCCCCUACGUCCUCUGCUGCCCGCUUUGUGGGUGCGGGCGUGCCUGCCACCACCAUGCCAUCGCUGCCUCUCGCAGCUCCCGCCGCACCCUUCUUGCCCACUGCUCCUCCCACCAGUACCGGCGGGGCCAGCCACCUGGUGGUGGGCAAUGUGGGCCGGGCGGCGCCGGUGAUGUCGCUCAUGAGCGGCGUACGGUCGGCCGCGCCGUCCGCCACGGCCCCGCUGCGUCCUCCUCCCUUCACGCCGUCACCCGCGCCCACCUCCUCCCUCGCCAAUCUGCAGCGCGCCGCGCUACCUACCACGACCCCCACCAGCAUCAGCAACAGCAGCUCCACCACGAUCACCUCCUUCGCCGUCGGCCCCGCCCACGCCUCGUCGUCGUCCAUCUCCUUCUCCGCCGCUCGCCCUCCGCCCCUCUCUUCGAGCAACUCAUCGACCACCUUCUCGCCCACUUUGACGACGGCGCCGCGUCGCGUCAUCCCCGCGACCCGGCCCGUGUCUCAAUUCAUCGACGGCCCGACCACAUCGCCGACCGCGGCGGGGUCUUCUUCUUCGCCGCUGCAGUCGUCGGCGGCGUCGUUUGGGGUGGCGGCCGGCCAGCGCGGCGGCAGCGUCGACACUGCGCUGCCGUUCCCGCCCGAGUCGUUCACGCCCGAGAACCUGCUGCCCGCCACCGCCGCCGCUCCGCGCUCGCCGGCUGCCGGCGCGGCACCGCUGUCACGCAUGUCGUCGCCUCCCCGGCAGUCCCCUGCCGCCGCCGCCGCCGUCGAGCACUACCAGCAGCCGCCGCAGCAGUGGAUGCCUCACCCCCACCAUUACCAACCGCCGCAGCAGCCGCAGCAGCAGCAGACGAUGGAGGACGAUGAUGACUUCAUACCGUUCGCCUCGCAGGAACCCGCCGUGCCCCACCAUCAGCAGCAGCAUCAGCCGUCCAUGCAGCAGCACCAGCCCUUGGCGGCUACGGGCGGUGGUGGUGGUGGGAGCUGGACGGGACCUCCUGCGGCGCACACCCACGCACCGCAGGCCCGCGGCUCUGCCUUCGGGGCAUCCCACGCUUCCUUCGGCCGUCCGGCCCUCCACCAGCAGCAGCCGCCGCACCAGCAACUGCAGGGCAGCCCGGUCAACCGGUCGAGCCCUCAGCAGCAUCAACAGCAGCCAGUGCACGAGCAGCAGCAGCAGCAGCAGGCGGCAGCGCCUUCGGUGGUUGUCGCGCCGUCGGAGACGGUCGAGGCCAUGCACGUCGACCACAACAAUCCGCCUCCUUCCGCUGGCGGAGGCGAGGUUAUGCCGCCGCAGCCCGAAGCGGCCACCGGCGACCACCAUCAGCACCAGAAGCAGCACCCCAUGGACGAUGCCGCCAUGCUGGCCGCGGCAGCCUCAAUGGACCUGAUGGACGAGGAAGCCGCCCGCCACCAGCAGCAGCAGCAGCGCGAGGAGCCCACGGUCGUGGAGGCUGAGCCUGAGCCUUCGAAGCCGCAGGAGACCCACAGCGCCAGCGGCAGCACCCCUCCGCACCAGCCGCCGCCGGAGCAGCAGCAGCCCGUGGUGGUGGUCGUGGAAGACGCCUCCCGCUCCGCCGCUUCUUCAUCGUCGUCUUCGUCUUCAUCGUCGACGCCCGCCGCUGCCGUCUCUUCGAAUGCUGCGAGCUUGACGCCGCCCUCGGCGCCCAAUCCCUCGCAGCAGGCCGCAGCAGCCGGUACGUCGCCGGUGCGGAGUCCAACCAGGAUCGCGCUGCCGUGCGCGUCGCCCCUCCGCCCGCAGAAGCACCAGCUCACCUCCGACCCCGACGAGCUGAAGCGGUUCAUCGCCGAGCGGGAGCGGGAGAUCGGCAUCCUGCGGGACAUGAUCGCGCAGGAGAAGAGCCAGGCGCGCCAUUUCCAGAUGGAGGUCUACGAGCGCGACCGCAAGGAGCGGGAGCUGGAGGACCGCCUCAAGGAGCUCACCAGCACCAUCGCCUUCAAGGACAAGGAGGUGCUCGAGAUCCAGCACGAGCUCGAAAAGACCCGCAAGGAGACCCUCGCCGCUGCUGCAGUCUCACCGGUCAAACAACACGGCAAGGCGUUGACCACGACCAGCGUUGACGCCACGUCAGCAGCGUCGUCAACGGGGGUCAACAAGGAGAUCGCGCUGGCGCAGGCAAUCGAGGGCGCGGUCAACACCGACAACGACCGCCUGUUCGAGUUCCUGCUCGAGGACUCGAUCGACAGCCUCACCGAGUCCCAGCCGCCCGACGAGGAGGACCUCCUCAACGGCGCCUCCGAUCUCAAGGGCGGCCGCAAGGGCGCUGCCACCUUCCGCUCGCUCAGCAAGAAGGCCACCGGCGGCGGCGAGCACACCAUUCGGCCCCUCAAGCUCAACCCCACCGGCGCCCCUCCCCCGCAGCCCAUCAAGUCGGCGAUGGCCAAGGCCAAGACUGCGGCGGCCAACGGCAGCGCCGACGAGCAGGCGACGGCGACGGCGACGGCAGCCAAGAAGGGAGGCGGCGGCGCCACGUCGACCACCAGCAACAGCAACCCGGCGGCGCCCAACAGCAGCAAGAGCCCGAAGAAGGUGCGGAUCGCCACGCCGCCCCAACCGACGCCGGCCGGGCGGCCUGCCAGCGGCGGCCGACGUGGCAGCGCUGGCCAUCGACGCGCAGCCGACAGCAGCGCCAGCCGGCCGUUCCCCGACGACGCGCCGGCGAGAAGCGCCGCAGACGCGUCUGUCGAAGACGAGAACCAGCGACUGCGGGCGGCGCUGACGCAGAUGAAGGACAAGUGGCGCGGCGUCAAGCGGGCCAUCAGCGGUGGCGCCGGUGGUGGUGGGGAGUCGAGCGUCGAUCGUGAGGCCCUGCGCGAGGUGGUGCGCGAGACCCACAACCUGCGGGCCGACCUCCGCGACAUCCUGCGCGAGGAGCUCGCCGCCUUCAGCCACACCCUCCUCCCCUCCGCCACCGCCGCCGCUACCACCACCUCCAUCGUCGCCGACGCCGCCGAAGCCGGCGCUGACGCUGACGCCCAGCCGGAGCCCAAGCGCCGGCGCGUCGACGAAGAGCAGCAGCCAGCGGCGGUGGUCGAGGCCGAAGCCAUCGCAGUGAUCGACGAUGCGGAGGCGAAGGCGAAGGCGGAGAUGGAGGAGAAGAUGCGCGCGGCGGAGGAGCAGCUCGAGAAGGAGCGGCAGCGGGCCAAGCUGGUGGAGGACGAGAUGAAGAAGGUGAAGCGCAAGACCAAGAUCGUGUACGAGCGCUACGGGGUGCUCAAGAAGCGCAAGAGCGAGACCGAGGAGCAGCUCAAGAAGGCCGAGCGCGAGGCGGGCGACCUGCGCAAGGCCAACGCCACCUUUGUCGAACGCAACGAGGCCCUGGACACGCAGCUGCGCGAGGCGGCCGAGCGCGCGACGCAGGCGGGGCUCGCCGCGGACAAGGCGCGGGCCAAGGCGCAGGCGCUGAAGCGGCAGACGCAGGAGCUGGUCCUGUUUCGCGACCGCCAGACCGAGCGCGUGGCGGCGCUCGAGGGCGAACGCGACGAGGCGCGCGUUGCGUUGGAGGCGCUCGACGCGCGGCUGCGCGAGUGUGGCGAGGAGCGCGACCGGCUCGCCGAGCGCGCGGCGGCGCUGGAGAAGCACAACCGGGAGCUCGUGGCGCGGGCCGAGCGCGCGGCGGCCGACGUCGAGAAGGCCAACGUGAAGCUGGCGCGCAAGGCCGACGUCAUCGCCCAGCUCACAGCCCAGCUCAAGCGCAAGCGCGAAGCCGAGGAGGAAACCGACAAAGAAGAAACGCCCGACAAGAAGAAGAAGCGAACCGAAGACGAGAACGAAGAAGAGGAAAAGAACGAAGACGAGACGAGGAAGAAGAAGAAUGAAGACGACCAGGAGGGGGAGGAAGACGAGCUGGACGGAUCGCCGCCGAUGACGCUGACGGGCUUCACGUGUCUGACGGCGACGGCCUCGACCCAGGGCGACCCGCUGGCCAUGAGCACGCCGGGCUUCCCGCUGUCGGUUCCCCUCAUGGACAGCCAGGAGUCGGAGGACAUCUUCGGCGUGGAGGAGGUCGAGGAGGCCGAGCCCGUCCUCCCCGCCAGCCCGGCCAUGGGCUCCCAAUUCGACGACGACGACAACGGCGACAACGACGAGAAGCGCGGCGAUGACCACAAAGACCGCGAGUAA